UAGCCUAGUACUUCUCUGAACUCUCCUGCAUAUCAUCUUCUUCUUCUUCGCCUCCGAACCCGAAGCGACCUCCGUCGAUUCGAUCCCUCGCCGGAACGUCGAGCAUGAACCAGCUUCAUAACGCAAUCAGGUCGGCCUUCGCCCUUCGGGGCAGCAGCGCCGCCGCCGCUCGAGGCCUCCCUCCGCUUCUCCGAGACGCGCCUCGACGACCUUUCUCGACGGAGCCGGAGCAGCCGGCGCAACCGGAGGACUCGCCGGCCGAUCCAUUCCUUCGAACUCCGAACACCGGUCUAGUUUAUGCAAAGUUAUUUGGCGUGUCGAGACACACCUUGAAGACUGAUAUUGUGAACCUGCUUGAAGGUUGUAACCUGAGCCUGGAUGAUGUCAGAUUUAACUACAACCGGAUGUUUAUGCCAAUGGGAAUGAUGGUGCAGUUUCCCUCUCGGUUUGCAUUUGAUCAGGCUUUUAAGGUGAUUAGCAAGAAAGGUCGCUUGUACAGAUUGGAGAGGGCUGAUCGUUCGCAGUGGGAUCUUCUCAUGAAUUAUGAUGGGAAAACGCUUUUACUGCAAGGAAUCCCUUUCUCUGCUACUCCAAAUGAUGUGGAACGGUUUAUGUCUGGAUGUCAAUAUGAUGCAUCCUCCAUUCAGAUGAUGGUCAGGCCAGCAUUCCCGGAUCCAAUUAAGAUGGCGACUGUGAACUUCCCCUCGCAGAUUCAAGCGACGAAUGCUUUCAUCACCAAGAAUAGAGGUUUCUGCCAAAAUAGUCAGGUUUUGUUGCGAGUUCUGCAGUAAAGGAGUUGCUCUUCGUGUUCCCUAUUCCGAUCUGUCCACAAUGGUUUUAGAUAUAGUCUGAGGAACUGGGGUAUCCAAACGGUUGCUUGUUCUUUUCAGCUCUUCUUUUCCUUGGUUAGGAGCUUUUUCAGCCAUUUUACCCUUGAGAAGGUCCAUUUUUGGUCGUUUUAAUUGGAUUCAGGCCACAUUGGUCCCUCCUAUUGUGGAUUUUUUUUUCCGUCUGUCAGAUAUCACUCUCUUUUUAUCGUCUUUGAAGUCUUCUUCCUUUGGAUUAGGAGCUGUGCUUCAUGCGGUGGAAAUUCCCGCACGAUAAGGAGAUAAAUGGCCAGUGAAUGCCACAAGGUUUACCUGGUA